UAAUUGUAAAUAUUACUACAAAAUGUUAAAGGAAAAACUAUUACAGUCCAUUCUAGAUUUCAGAUUAAUGGACACAGUGACGGAAUGUAACUUUGGAUUUGAGAAGGUGAUCCAAUCCAAAGGAGCUAGAGGAAGAAAUCAGACAAAUAAGUUAUUUGUUCCCUUCCAAGAUAUGGACUUCGUCAAGAGCUUCAUGGUGAGGUAUGAGUCAGCCCAAAGAGGAACUAAAAGACUCACCUCCCUCAGGUUACUGAGCGAGCUAGAUAUUCUUCCUACCUAUCUCUGUGAUAGAGGAAGAUACGGCUUUCAGCUCUUUUAUAUUGAUGAAAAAUCAGUUAGCGAAAUAUCUAUUGUAAGAAAAGAUACACAAGAAGCCUGAAUUUAUAUAAAGCUUAAGAGACUCCCAGAGUUUUACACUUUUGAGUAUAAUUCAUCAGGUAGUAAGGUAAAGUUAUAUAUGAAGAAGCAAAGGAGCAAGCUCUGGUCUGACGACAUUUUGGUUAGCUCAAUCCAAUCCCAGAUGACUGUAAGAAUAUGUGGAACUUUAAGUCUGAGAAGUGAAAUCCCUUUAGAGCUAAUCCCUUCUGAUGAGCGAAAGGAGGGUUUAACUGAGUUUGCAGCCCCUUAUAUUCUAAAACAAGCAUUUAAAAAUAGGUUGUUCAAAGGGAUAAAUCCUAAUAACAAUAAGUUUCUCCAGAAGCACUCUCAGUUCGUCAAGGUUCCACCUGAGGUGGAACUGAUCAUGAGGAAGAACUUUGCAGAAUUUCUUGAAACAAUGUCUGGACUACUGAGAUCUCUACCAUUCAAAGUGAUGUACUCCUUCUUAUGCCUAUUCAGCAAGAGGGUGAUCCAUGUCCUGGAUUACUCCCUCCAAGAGUACAAACGCACUCUUGAACGGAUCAAGAUGACAUUAAGAAAGGAAAGAUCAAGGGAUGCUGUAGAUACAAUGGAAUUUGCUGUUCAAAAUGUGGCAUUAGAUAACCGAUUCUGGAGAGAAGGACUCUACGAUAGGAUAAUGAAGCUAUAUUCUGCUACUUAUGAUCAUUUCAGUCAAUAUUUUGAUGACAUCCAAAUGACAGACAAGUUGGUUAGAGUUCGAAAAGUUGUAGUCACUCCUUCUAGAAUUGAGCUAGAUUUCCCUUUCCUGAACUCAACUAAUAGAGCAAUCAGGAACAACCUUGAAAAUAUAGAUGAUUUUAUUAGAGUCUCUUUUAUGAGUGAGGACUAUCAGAAGGGGAAUUAUUCCUUUAAUUACUCAGACUCAGAAGGUAUUUUUAACCAUCUCAGAAAUGUUCUUGAAGAUGGUUUUAAGAUUGGAGGUAAAACCUUCAAGUUCCUCCAUUAUUCUAAUUCCCAACUUAAAAGUUACUCAUGCUGGUUUAUGAAUGAAGUUAAGCCCCACUUGACUUAUAAUAGGGUCAUUCAGGAACUUGGGAAUUUUAACGGACUUGGGACAGUGUCUAAGAAUGCCGCAAGAAGAGGCCAGGCUUUUAGCAGCACUAUUAAAACCGUUUCUCUUGAUUCUAGGAAGGAAAUUCAAGAACUAUCAGAUAUCAAGAAAAACGGCUAUGAAUUUACAGAUGGAUGAGGGUUCAUUGAUCCUGAACUCUUAGAAGAUAUUCGAAAGAAGUACUUUAGCGGUGUCUUUAGCUCUGCAAUCCAGAUUAGACUUGGAGGAUACAAGGGCAUGCUCCUUGCUUCAAAAGAAAUCCCAAAAGGGGUUAAAGUACAGCCUGUGAGAAGCAUGAGAAAAUUCGAACUUGAUAAAAAUCAAACCUUUCUUGAUUUAGAGGUAGUGAAGCUUGCUCAUUACAUGCCAGGAUACUUGAACAAACAAAUAAUUCAAGUUCUUUGGGCAAAUGGAGUUCACUCACGAAUUUUUAGACAAAUCCAGCAUAGUUAUAUUGAUAAAAUGCUUGCUUUUUAUAAGUUAAGCAAGGUUGGAGAGAAGUACAAAAAUCAUGAUGAGAUCCUCCAGUCAAUAAGCUUGAUCAGCAGGAAUGUUCUAUCUGCGAACCAGAAAGGGAAAUCUUAUUCUGAUCCCUUCUUGCAUCCAAUUGUGAUGUCCAUUGCUUAUAGUAAGAUACUGAAAGUUAGAAAUAAAUUCAAGAUUUAUGAUGAACACGGUUGCAACUUGUUCGGAGUUAUUGAUCCAUACAACUGCUUAGAAGAAGGAGAAGUCUUCAUACAGUUUAAUAAGUAUGUUAAGCAUCCACAUGAAAGAGCUGCAUAUGACCAUACAUUGAUCACAGGAGAUGUUCUGGUUUCAAGAUCUCCUUGUGUUCAUCCAGGAGACAUGCGAGUUCUAGAGGCUGUCAAUGAGCCUGCCUUACUUGACUUUGUCAAUGUUAUCAUCUUCUCAGCUAAAGGAGACAGGCCAGAACAACACAAAAUGGGAUAUGGAGACUUAGAUGGGGAUAUUUAUUGGAUUAAUUGGAGACCAGAGUUUAUCAAGAGCUUUGUUCAAGCUGAGCCAAGCGAACCCCCAGUUGGGUUCUUUGAAGGGGAGCCUUCAGUACCCCUGACGGAUUAUAGUGAGGAAGUAGGGCAGCAAGACUGAAUUGACAACUUCCUAGACUAUAUAAGAAAAGAUUUUCUAGGACAAAUAGCCAAUUUGCACUGCAAGAUAGCUGAUCAGCAUCAGAAUAAUCUUCAUUUAGUUGACUGUAUGACUCUCGCAAGGAUGCAUACUCAAGCUAUUGAUGGUCAGAAGAGAGAUGUCGAAUUUGAUCCUGAGGAAUUCAAGCAAAUCAAGAGAAAAUUUGACUUUGAAGUGGACUUCAUGUCAAGAGGGAGACAUAAAAUUGGGAAGAAAAAUAUAAGACCAUCUCCUGGUGUGAUAGGCAUACUUUAUAGAGAUUUACAGAAUUAUGUUCAAAAGGACCAUAUUAUAGAAUUGGAGUAUAUGUUCAAAAUUAAGAGAGAUUACUGGAUUCCUGAGAGACUCUGGAAGGAUAUGAAAAUAUGCAAUCAUCUUCCUUACAUAUACUCCUCAAUAGUGAGACCCUACAAUGAUUCUAUUCGUAACUUACUUCACAGUAAGGGCUUGUGCAGUGAAGGAGACUUAUUUAUAUCAAACAGCUUAUUAAGCAAUAUGGUUGCAACUAAAGAAGAAUUAUUCCAAUCUAGAGAGGAUGUAACAAUCAUUCUUGAAGGAAUGAGAGAUACUUAUCGUAAAUAAGCUUAAAGAGUACCAAGAAGACUAUUUCAAACAUACAGAACAAGAGAAUAGCUCCAAAGAGUUUAAGCUACAUCCAGUCUUGAACAAAGCUUUAGAGUUUGCGACCUACUUCAACAUUUGGCAAAAAGAUUCGCCUUGAAUCAAGAGAUUUUAUCAAAACAGAAAGUUUAAGCUCUUUGUGAGAUACAUCGAUAGGGAUCAUCCGAGAGGAAAACCAAUGUGUUAUGAAGAAUACUGGAGGAAAAUUUCCUCAUCUCAUCUCCAGAUGCAUGAUAUUUGAAGAGUGAUCGAACACUCCCAGUUGUUCUCUGCUUGGUGGCUCCUAGGCGACCUCUAACCUUAGAUGGCUUUACCAAUGCAGAGCAGGUUAGAUGUUGGAGAAUAAAUAUUAAAGUUCAACUGGU